AUUUGCUGGUACGGAACCUCGUGAAUUGGACAACUUGUAUCCGGACACAUUAGUAGCUGUACUCAGUUUAGAGCUAGCGGAAGGUAAACAGAGAGCUGUCAACAUGGCUGAGACUCACAGCUUGCAGGAUAUGAGGCAGCAGGCGGCUAUCGCUGCCAAAGUGUUCAUCCAGAGAGACUACACCAACGGCACUGUCUGCCAGUUCCAGACCAAGUUCCCUUCUGAACUGGAGACCAGGAUUGAUAAGCAGCAGUUUGAGGAGACGGUGAGGAUGUUGAACAACCUGUAUGCUGAGGCAGAGAAGCUGGGAGGCUCGUCGUAUCUGGAGGGCUGUCUGGCCUGCCUCACAGCUUACACUAUAUUCCUCUGUAUGGAGACACACUACGAGAAGGUUUUGAAGAAGAUUGCUAAGUUCAUCCAGGAGCAGAAUGAUAAGAUCUAUGCUCCACGAGGUCUGCUCCUCACUGACCCUAUUGAGAGAGGCCUCAGAGUUGUUGAAGUAACCAUCUUUGAAGACAGGAGCCUGGGCAGAUAAAAUCUACAGUACUAUGAUCACAGACUGACUGGACUAUAGCUCUUGAGGGGCUGGUUCUAUCUGGUUCUGGGUCUGCUCAGCAUCACCUGGGGCCUCAUUUAUCAAAGGUGCGUUCACUCAAAAAAUGGUCUAAACCUUGCGAAUGCUAGUUUUCCGUCAAAUGUUGGUAUUUAUCCAUUUGGAACAUGAAGGGAAAGUGUGCGUAUCUCCAUGCAAAUCUCAGACCAUGGGUAUGCACAACUUCUAGUUGUUGAUCAACUGUAUCACAAGCAAAUAUCGUUCUUUUGAGGAAAACUGAGGUGUUUGAUGCAUUGAAAUUAUGCUAAUUAAAACAUAUAGGCCUAAUGAUAAAACAGAUGCAUUUGCCAUUGGUAAGGAGAUCACAUAGCAGCAUGUAGCAUGUUUCUUUUACUUUUCUAUAGGGCUAAAUCAUAAUCAUAUUGCAGGACAUGUCUCUCCUCUUCCACCCUUAGCGCCAUUGGUUUCUUGUUUUCAGGGAUACUGAAGAACUGGAAAAACUGAAGUGGAUACUACGCUCAUUUAUCCAUCGCUUAUUUAAUAGCAAACAUGCUCCAAAGUAAAUAAACCGGUAGCCUAUUUAAAUUUGACAGUAUGUGUAGGAUACAGUAUUGCUGUGCGAAAGGAGCGCAACAUCAUAGCCUAUUUAAAUUCAGAGCCUAUACCAAGGUAGAAGAUAGAAACAAUCAUCUACUGAUAAACAAAAUAUUGAACAACAAUUUGUAUUUUCCAUAGAAGUGUGCUGUAGCAUUUACUUUUGAAUAGUUCGAAUAGGGAAUCAAACUUGCAGAAUGUGCUGCCAGUGUUUGUCACUCUCUGUAGGCGGCAUGCAUAUUUAGUUUGAAAAAGUCACUGAAAAAGAUUUAAACAUUCUGACCUCACCUCUAUAUAAACGUUAUAAAAUGUGCCAUUGCACUUUCUUUUAGAAACUGUCAUGGACUCAGUUCCAACAUCUCCAAAUCAUACAUCAAAUGAGGGCAUUGUUGUUACCGCAAGGUAACAAAAACAUGCGUAUAUGUUUGAUAAAUCCCAAUAAUGAGUUGUGCAUGCAAAUCCUAGUAUCUCCACGUACAGCAAUUUAGUGAGAAAUGAAUGCACGGUUGAUAAAUGAGGCCCCUGGUCCUGGGUGGGUGGGUCCACCACCACACCUCCAGACUGAGGACCACCUGAACCUUUAGCCGGCAGAACAUCAUACUAGCUCUCCUUGCUCCCAUCCAGGAUCCACAUCUACAUUCUGAUUACUGCGUCGCUACAAUCUCCCCUCUACUCCACUCCCUUACACGGUUCUAUACUCCACUCCACUAAUGCAUGUACAGUAUAUGAUGCUGGGGCUGUAUUGCCCAACAAAAUCCUAAAUGCCCUUCUAAAGUGAAAUCAGAUACGAUUUGACAGUUAUGUUGUUUUAUGUAAUACGUCUCCUGACUCCUAAUCCUCUCAAAUGUAAUUCCUAUCUCUGUAUUUAUAACCAUUACUUACUGUAUCUUAAGUCUAUUUACUUUUGCCUGUACAGAGAUUGUUUGCUUUACAAAACCAAAUGGCCCAAAUUAUGCUUGCAUUCUUCUUGCAUGUUGCUUCAAUGCUCAGAUGGUUCUUUUGUAAAACGUAACUGUGCCAUGCAUAGUGUUUGUUUGGUGACUUCUGUUCAUUUCGCCAUGCGCUGAUUGACUUGUUUGUACGUGUGUAGGUAGGCUAUGUGUAGCUAUGUAAGCACAUUUGAUUGCCUUCAAGUGAAGCGUUAGGCCGAAAAGUGCUCUUGUUUGUCUCCAGUGCCUGUAGUUGUUGUGAAGAUUGUCUCAGUCAGCUCAGUGGGUUCAGGUCAAGUGUAUCUUAGCAUUCUAUCUUAGCAGCCAUCUUAUUUAGCUUAUCCUAACUUUUUCUUGCUUUAUUCUCGGCAGCAAGCAAGUUAAAAACCUAAGAUGAUUCCUAAACAACCCCAACUUCUUGAUUUAUUUGUUCUUGUAUUGAUCAAUUGUAUGAAUGAAGGACAUUAGAUUGAUAAAACUUUUUGCUGAUGAUAUAGAUAUAUAUACACUCACAGUAUGUGGGUUAAAUACAAUGAUGAAUAUAAACCCUGGAUUGCUGAUAUGUAUUGGCCAAUGAAAGGUUUUGAAGCCAAAGGUCGGCCAUAUUGGCACUC